UGACACGCCUCCCCUCCCUCGCUCUGACAUCCUAAUCCACCAUGUUGCGCAACACUCUGCGCCAGUGCUCUCGCCAGCUGCCGAGCGCCUCAGCGCGAGCAUCCUUCACCUCGCUCGCACAGCCCUCGAGAACUGCCAUUUCGACAUGUCGCCGCCCGCUUGCGCUUGCGCAGCGUCGCCAGUAUGCCGUCUCGUCCGAGGAGACCAGCAAAGGCGUUGACCCCAACGACUCGUUCCUCCAGGGCAACACAGCCAACUACAUUGAUGCCAUGUACAUGCAAUGGAAGCAUGACCCCCAGAGCGUCCACUACUCAUGGCAGGUCUACUUCCAGAACAUGGAGCAUGGCGACAUGCCCGUGUCGCAAGCCUUCCAGCCGCCGCCCACCAUCAUGAGCUCGCCCCAGGGUGCCGCCGUCCGGCCGGGAAUGGGCAUGGCCGCGGCCGAGGGCACAGAGAUCAUGAACCAUCUCAAGGUCCAGCUGCUCGUGCGCGCGUACCAGGCCCGAGGCCACCACAAGGCCAAGAUUGACCCGCUGGGCAUUCGCUCAGAGGCCGAGUCUUUUGGCUACAACAAGCCCCGCGAGCUCGAGCUGUCGCACUACAACUUCACGGACAAGGACCUGGAGCAGGAGAUCGAGCUCGGCCCGGGUAUCCUGCCGCGCUUCAGGACCGAGAGCCGCAAGAAGAUGAAGCUCAAGGAGAUCAUUGAUGCCUGCGAGCGUCUGUACUGCGGCUCGUACGGAAUUGAAUACAUCCACAUCCCAGACAGGGAGCAGUGCGACUGGCUGCGUGAGCGAAUCGAGGUGCCCACGCCCUUCAAGUACUCUGUCGAUGAGAAGCGCCGCAUCCUGGACCGCCUCAUCUGGGGUACCAACUUUGAGGCCUUCCUGGCCACAAAGUACCCCAACGACAAGCGAUUCGGUCUUGAGGGUGGUGAGAGUUUGAUUCCCGGAAUGAAGGCCCUGAUUGACCGAAGCGUCGACUUUGGCGUCAAGGACAUUGUCAUUGGCAUGCCUCACCGUGGUCGCCUCAACGUGCUCUCCAACGUUGUCAGGAAGCCCAACGAGUCUAUUUUUAGUGAGUUUGCCGGUACUGCUGAGGCCAGCGAAGAGGGUUCGGGUGACGUCAAGUACCACUUGGGUAUGAACUUUGAGCGCCCCACGCCUUCUGGAAAGCGCGUGCAGCUCUCUCUUGUCGCCAACCCGUCCCAUCUUGAGGCUGAGGACCCAGUUGUACUCGGAAAGACUCGCGCUAUUCUGCACUACAACAACGACGAGAAGGAUGCCGCCAGUGCCAUGGGUGUUCUUCUGCACGGUGAUGCCGCUUUUGCUGCGCAGGGCGUUGUGUAUGAAACCAUGGGCUUCCACCAGCUGCCCAGCUACCACACUGGCGGAACCAUCCACAUUGUUGUCAACAACCAGAUUGGUUUCACCACUGACCCCAGGUUUUCGCGUUCUACCCCCUACUGCUCUGACAUUGCCAAGGCGAUUGAUGCACCUGUGUUCCACGUCAACAGCGAUGAUGUCGAGGCUGUCAACUUUGUUUGCCAGCUUGCCGCCGACUUCCGCGCCGAGUUCAAGAAGGACGUAGUCAUCGACAUGGUUUGCUACAGGAAACAGGGACACAACGAAACCGACCAGCCCUUCUUCACCCAGCCCCUCAUGUACAAGAAGAUCUCGCAACAACCACCGACAUUGGACAUCUACACCAAGAAGCUCCUCGAAGAAAAGACCUUCACCAAGGAGGACAUUGACGAGCACAAGGCCUGGGUCUGGGGCAUGCUGGACGAGAGCUUCAGCCGCAGCAAAGACUAUGUUCCCAACUCGCGAGAAUGGCUCACCUCGGCAUGGAACGGCUUCAAGACACCCAAGGAGCUCGCCACCGAGGUGCUCCCUCAUCUGCCAACUGCCAUUGAGGAGGAUCAGCUGAAGCACAUUGCCAAAGUCAUUGGCGAAGCACCAGAGGACUUUAACGUACACAAGAACUUGAAGCGUAUCUUGGCCGGCCGCACCAAGACCGUUAUGGACGGCCAGAACAUUGACAUGGCGACGGCAGAAGCACUUGCGUUUGGAAGUCUCUGCAUGGAAGGCCACCAUGUCCGCGUUUCUGGACAGGAUGUGGAGCGUGGAACCUUUUCUCAGCGUCACGCUGUGCUCCACGACCAGGAGACGGAGAAGACGUACACGCCUCUACAGAACCUCAGCCAGGACCAAGCAACCUUUACCAUUUCCAACUCUUCCCUCAGUGAAUACGGAGUGCUCGGUUUUGAGUACGGAUACUCGCUAUCGUCGCCCAACGCGCUCGUCAUGUGGGAGGCUCAGUUUGGUGACUUUGCCAACACGGCUCAGGUCAUCAUCGACCAGUUCAUUGCUUCGGGUGAAGUCAAGUGGCUCCAGCGUUCCGGUCUCGUCAUGAGCUUGCCGCACGGUUACGAUGGUCAGGGCCCUGAACAUUCUUCGGGACGCCUGGAGCGCUACCUGCAGCUGUGCAACGAGGACCCGCGCAUCUUCCCAUCGCCAGAGAAGCUUGAGCGCCAGCACCAGGACUGCAACAUGCAGAUUGCCUACACGACCAAGCCCUCUAACCUGUUCCACCUUCUCCGUCGCCAGAUGAACCGUCAGUUCCGCAAGCCGCUCAUCUUGUUCUUCUCCAAGUCGCUGCUUCGCCACCCGAUUGCACGCUCGAGCAUUGAUGAGUUCACGGGAGACUCGCACUUCCAGUGGAUCAUCGAGGACCCGGCGCACGCCAGCGGAGAGAUUGAAUCACACGAGGGCAUCAACCGCGUCAUCAUCUGCACGGGCCAGGUGUACGCGGCGCUGGUCAAGGAGCGCGAGGCUCGUGGCGAGAGGGACGUUGCGAUUACGCGCAUUGAGCAGCUCAACCCCUUCCCCUGGCAGCAGCUCAAGAACAACCUCGACUCGUACCCCAACGCACAGAACAUCAUCUGGUGUCAAGAGGAGCCGCUCAAUGCGGGUGCUUGGAGCUUCACACAGCCCAGGAUCGAGACUCUGCUCAACGAGACGCAGCACCACAACAGGCGGCACGUCAUGUACGCGGGACGCAACCCCAGUGCGUCUGUGGCGACUGGACUCAAGACGUCGCAUAAGAACGAGGAGAAGGCGCUGCUGGACAUGGCUUUCACGGUCAAGCAGGACAAGCUGAAGAGCGAGUAGACAUGGGCUUAGACGUGUAGGAGAGCUUCGGAUCACGGUUUGGUUGCAUUGGUUGAUUCCCCUUCGUGCGAUGUCGUGGAGUCGAGUGAAGCGGAUGGAGGCCUAGGCAGCCUGGGCCGUGGAGGAUUGUUUCUGUCGGGCAUAUUGUUUUCAUCGCUACGAGUGUAGGUUUACCACAUGUAGUAUUAAAAGCGGG